AUGAAACAAUUCUUAAAAUACAUUAAGUCAAAUGCGCAAAGCAACACACAAGAAAGCACCUCUCUUUACGAUGAACUGAAUGUUAAGACACUCAAUAUCCGGAUUCUGAAGCUUCUGCCUAGUACGGAAGAAAUCUCCUGCACCUUGAGUCGUGUUUCGUGUAUUCCAAAGUUUCCAACGUACACAGCGCUCUCCUACUGUUGGGGGGCCACCUCCGAAAAAGAAUCAAUCCGCAUCAAUGGACAUCUCAUCUCUAUCACCAAAAACCUUUUUGAAGCCCUGAAAGUGUUAUGGCAACGGAAUAUCAGCGUACUCUGGAUUGAUGCCAUAUGUAUCAAUCAGAACGAUGCAGUUGAGAAAAGUCAGCAAGUUCAGCGGAUGGCCGAAGUCUAUCGCAAUGCUAGUCAAACGGUCGCCUGGCUUGGAAGAGAUAAUCCGUACCCAGAUGAAGUAUUUGAUGUCAUGACACUUUUGGCAUCUCGUCAGCUCAGCACUAGCUUUAAAGAAGAAAUGAUGGAACUCCCCUCGAGAUCUUCGAAAGCUACCAGAGUGGAAGCACUUAUUUCAUUUGUAGACAUACCUUAUUGGAAGCGAACUUGGAUUAUACAAGAAUUAGCAUUGUCUCGAAAUGUUAUAUUUAUAUGGGACGAACAGUUGUGGAAUGAAACCACUAUAAAUGCCGCGAUAAGGUCAAUCAGGAAGAUGCUGAGGUUGCGACCUGAGCUGCCAAACUGGGCAACAAUGAGGGGGGUCUUCCUGACCAUAGGGGGCUUCCGGCAAAAACAGUCUCUGCCCCUUUCUAUGUUACUAAGCGAUACAACUCUUUCCAAAGCCACGGAACAACACGAUAAAAUCUUCGCCAUUCUAGGACUGGCCGAAGAAGGGUUUAAGUUAACACCAGAGGUCGACUAUUCAAAGCCUUUAAAUGACAUUCUACGCAGCGCCAUAAUAUUAUCAUUUACUACUACCAAGAAAGCGACAACGGGUAUGCCCAUGGAUUUGAUUUGCCUUGGCGACCCAACAAAACCAAAAAGACUUUCUUUACCGUCUUGGGUGAUCGACUGGAAGACAAUAUGGGACAGCAGUUCUAAAAGUGCAUAUCAAUUCUCCUCCCCUUAUUAUCGGGGAUUGCUUAACCGAUAUUGCGCGUGCCGAGUAAAGCCAGCAUCAAUCAAUUUUAGUGAAGAUGGCAGGACUUUGAUUGCCUCUGGUUACGUAUUUGACACGAUUCACUCACUUAGCAAAUCCUCCAAACAUUUCAAGAACGAUGAAAAAGCCUUGCCGCCAGGAUUUUCGGAUACCACAGACUAUGCGAAAUUUGGUAUUUACGCAACUCACACAUCUCUCCGCAACGCUAUCUGGCGCUCUCUUGUUUAUGAUCGUGAAGUAGAAGACUCAAUUUGCUUAAGAAGCUCAGAAGCCCCAGCAGUUUUUGAAUACUACUUCCAAGUAUGCUUUAGUGAGAAGACUCUGUCUUUCUCUCGGAAUUUAAGCCAUUGCCGGGAUCUUCUUGAACGAAUUGGUCCUAUGUUCGUAUUUGACAAAACUAUUGAGGGUUGGGCAAAGUCCGGUAGGAAAGAGAGCUUUACUCUGGAAGAUUCAAAUAGUGCCAGUAUGCAGGACUUUACCGAUUCGCUGGUGUUCAGGGAUUGUGAAAGGAGAUUUAUGGUCACUAAGAAGGGAUACGUGGGUAUUGCGCACGCACAGAGUUAG